AUGGCACCUCUCAAUUUUCUUUGCCUGCUAGCCGCGUUCCUCAUUGGCGCCGUAACCAGUACAAGUCCCUCCCCAAGACCAAAGCAGUUCAAGCCUAGGAAUGUGGCAAACUCGAUUCCCCAGUUCCCCUUCGACCCUGACGCAUCCCGGUACUGCGUCUGGUGGUUUGACAGCAACGGGACCUGGACGUGCCGCGAUAUCGAAGCAAAUCUGGGAGUCUCUGUCCAGGACCUUUUGAUCUGGAAUCCGUCUCUGAAUUCCACCGCGUGUGGCUUGCUCCCAGCGAAUAAGUCGUUCUGCGUGGCAGCGAUCGACAAGACGCACUCGAAUUCGUCAAGCAGAGUGCCAUCAACCGUGACUCUCGCACCAGCAACCGUCACCGUCCCGGCAGCAGUCACCACGACCGUUACGACAGUUUCGACACGGACGACACUAUCGGCUGUAACUAUCACAGCCCUCUUCACAGAGACACCGGAGCCCGUGACAGUCAGGGUCACCGCAGUUUCCACCAAGACCCUGCCGUGCCACAUCCACAUCUACAUCAAUAUCCACAUCUACAUCAAUAUCCACAUCUACAUCAAUAUCCACAUCUACAUCAAUAUCCACAUCUACAUCAAUAUCCACAUCCACACUCACAGCAACAGCUACGCUGAUCUCAACCACGACACUCGUCUCAACAACAACACUCACAACCGCGCACAUCAGCACCACCACACUCAUCCCGCCGGCACCCCCACCAACCACAACAACUUUUAUGAGCACCAGCACUAG